CAUGAACAGCAUGGAGAUGACUACUCUAACUCACUUGAAUAAGCCGCAAAAGCGAGCCCUGAUCUUACGCGACCAGCUCCGGUUCGUGGAUCCGCACCACCUCGACAGUUUCCUCGAUGGCAUAUCCAAUCCCGAACCGCCAAACUAUGUCAAGAUCUACAACAAGAUCCAGCCUGCACUCGUGGAAGUUACUCUCAAAGAGAGCGCGACUCGCUACGACCUCGGAAACGUCGUCUUCCCUGAUGAAGGGAAUGCCAUCUACCGGGCUCACUUGACUGUGGAGAAUGACCGCUUUGAAAUGCGCACUGAAGACCCGCUGCCUAAAGAUGAAGCUGAUUUGGAUUCAGUGCCGAUUCAUUGCUUCAUUGCGAAGAGUAUUAUUCCGCUGUUCAAGGGGAAGGUUGAGGCUAUCUUUGCGAGGAGGAAUAGGAUUAAUGAGGCGAGGCGCGUCGCGUAUAAUAUGCCCAGCGUGCCGGCGGCCCAGUUCCAGGAGGGAGAGACACUCGCCAGGCUGGAGCCACAGAAGACUAAUCAGAUUGGAGAAUGGUCUCAGUCCAAACAGCCCAAGAAGCGCAAGCCGGGAGAUCCCAUCACCAAACACACCUCCAACAAGCGCAGACGAAUUGGUCUCGAUACCAUCCCCGACAACGUCAAAAGCGAGAUGUUCAACACGAUCCCCGACCAACUCAAAGUCGAAUUCUUCAACACCAUGGUCAAAACCGCGUUCCCCAACUUCGACAACCUAAUGAUGGCUUCCUGGAACGUCGUCUCAGUGUACUCGAACGUCGGCAGCGAGUUCCCCGAACUGCACAAAGCGAUCGUCGACCUGAAAGCUGUGCUCGAUGAGUUCGAGACUGCGUGUGCAACGAAGGGAGCGGGUUCGACGUUGAAGAUGAGGACGGACUUUGUCACUGCGCAGCAUAACGACGUGAAGUACUCUCCAAAGCCUGGAUCUACGCGGCAGACCAUCGAACCUACACCCUCUACACGACCAAGUCCCCUGUUCCAACCUCAGACGUCCGUCGACCCGCCCGCGCAACGCUCAGAAGACGGUGUUGAAGACGCUUUGCCCGAACACAUGCCGCCGCCGCGUGUUUUGCAGUUUCCCCAGCACAACCACAACCAUCCCCAGCAACAAGAGGAAGCCCACGACUCGGACGAAGGCGCAGCUUCGGAAGACGAACAACAUCAUCCUCUCAACGCCCGCCUCACAGCUAAACCCGAACGCAAGCAUACCGCACUCCACCUCCAACCCACCUCGAGACCCCCCUCUAGCGCAUCAAGCUCCACGCACUCCUCCCCCCACCGCCAGCAACAAACCCAGCAGCUACCACGCGCACGCGUCAAGAAUCCCCGCACUGAAGCUCCGUCACCCCACGCCCACGAUCAACAUCCCAACGAUAUCACGCCCGAGCUCUCGCGCAAGCGGCUGGAGUAUCACUCUUCUAUUAGCAGGACGAAUCGCAACAGCACUGGUGCUGCGAAAGCACGGUUGGCGUCUGCGUCUGCGGAAGAGUUGGACGGGCGUGCAAGUGGGAGUGGGAGUGUAUUGGCGGCGCCGUUUCUAGGCAACUCGGUGCUGGGCGCGAGGAAAGCGGGGGGGAAGGCGCCGGUGGCUCCUAUGCUGCAUGUGGGGAAGGAAGGGAAUGUGGAGGGUGAGGAUGAAGAUGAGGACGAAGGUGAGGACGAGGGGAGAAGGGGCUAUUGA